CGUGGCACAGGUGGAUUGUGAGCAGCAGUUGGAAAAGUGGUUGCAUUUUCUUGUGUCGCCGAUUCAAGAUUCUAGAUUAAAAAGAUUGCCCGGAUUUAUCAUAGUCGUUGGAUCUUUUAGAGAUUAUAGUUAUAAGGACAAGAUAGAUACGGUGAUGAGACAAGAUAGGUACUGUCAUGGGACAAGAUAGAUACUGCGAUAGGACAAGAUAGAUGCUGUGAUAGGACCAAUAUAUAUUACAGCGAUAACACCAUACAAAUUAUACAGUAGUAGCAGCUGGACCACGGCUUAGCAAGCCUACCGAAUCGCGUAGGCCUAUACUCAUAGCGUUGGCCCACUGGCCAAUUAGUGGACCCUCGUAGCAAGCCAACCAUGACCCCUGGACAACCAGAGCACAACCCCUACUGACGAUGUGUGGGUAGAUUUCAUUUGCUUGUUGUUUGUUGUUUUUUUGUUGGUUUUUUUGUUUUGUUUUUUUUUACUUUAUAGUGUAGUUAACUGAAGGUAGCGGCAUACAUUUUCAACAUAUUUGUGUUCCAAAUAUCCAGCCAAAUAGUGUUAACGUGUCUUUCUAUUGUUUCACUAAGAUGCCUGCCGUGUGUGGUAGGAGCACAUCACGAACUAUCUAAAGCAUUAUGAAGACUCGGGAAUGAUAUUUCAGUGAUCGUAUCUAUUAUGAUUGCGUCGUUGCUAAUAUAAACGUAGUAUUGCUAUUAUAAAGCUAUUGUUGCUGUUAUAAAGCUACUGUUGAUGUUAUAAAGCUAUUGUUGCUAAUACAAACAUAAUGUUGCUAUUACAAACCUAUUGAUGCUGUUAUAAACCUAUUGUUGCUGUUAUAAACCUAUUGUUGCUGUUAUAAACCUAUUGUUGCUGUUAUAAACCUAUUGCUGCUGUUACAAAACUAUUGCUGCUGUUAUAAACCUAUUGCUGCUGUUAUAAACCUAUUGUUGCUAUUACAAACCUAUUGCUGCUGUUAUAAACAUAUUGCUGCUGUUAUAAGCCUAUUGUUGCUGUUUUAAACCUAUUGUUGCUGUUAUAAACCUAUUGUUGCUAUUAUAAACCUAUUGUUGCUAAUACAAUCCUAGUGUUGCUAAUAGAAACCUGUUGUUGCUAAUACACACCUACUGUGCUUAAUAAAAACAUAUAGUUUCCAAUGCAAACCUAGUGUUGCUAAUACAAACCUAUCGUUGUUAUUAUAAACCUAUUGUUACUUAUACAAACCUGUUUUUGCUAAUAUAAACCUAUUGUUGCUAACGUAGUUUUGCUAAUAUAAACCUAUUGUUGCUAACAUAUUGUUUCUAAUAGAAACCUAUUGUUGCUAAUACAAACAUGUUGUUGCUAAUAGAAACCUAUUGUUGCUAACGUAUUGUUGCUAAGAGAAACCUAUUGUUGCUAAGAGUAACCUAUUGUCGCUAAUAGAAACGUUUUGACACAUCGGUAUGCACGAAGUCAUUUUUAGCGAAGUACAAUUUUCAUCAGAACACUAAAAACCAAUUGAUAAGGCAGACGAAACAUGUGUUUUACAUUGGGUAAUUGUAGGGCGUAAUACCACUACGUUCAUACAUUGUAUUCCAAUGAACUUGUAGAGUGCCGAGGUAAGGUAUUGAAUCAAAGCUACACUCAACGACACUGUCUGAUUAGUUCGGGAAAUUGGGAACACCAGUCAACGGAAAACUUGACCCAAAAAAAUGCAACACAAAGCAAAGAAUGUGUCGGCUAAAAGCCUCCUUCGGAAACUAAUCAAAAUAAAUGCUUAAAAUAAAAAUCAAAUCAACUUACGAUAAUUGAAAGCCAUUGAUCGGUUUGUAAUUUUCAUCUCUCCGACAAGACUCCGCCGACUACCGACUACCCGCUCCGGAAGAAAAGUACAUUUAAUUUUUCCUGAUUUAAUUGUUUGCCGAAGAAUACAUCUUGUCGACUCGGCUAUUGAUUUAACGUGUCUUUUAUCAAGUUUCCCCUUCACGUGUGUUAUUUAUAUCGUGACGGCAGCCCCCCCUGCCAUAGGUUUUUCCCGAAAAACCCACCAAAAAAAAAAAAAAAAAAAAAAUAAGGUAAAGAGAAAGACAAUGUUCAGAUUGGUUGCCAUUGUUUGUUGAACUUUGGCAUUUUUUUAUUUUUUUUUUACCAAUUUUUUUUUUUUAAUGUGUUUUAUUUUCUUUUAACAUGAUUGGAUUAAUCAAUAUUUGGAUUAGUCAUCGCGGCCAUGGGUUUUGGGGUCGGGAUUUGUUGGUGGGAGGGAGGGGGGAGAGAGGGGUUGUGGUGGUUUGGGGUGCUUAGUCACCUCUGAAGGGACUUAAAUUCAAGAGAAGCCAUCGGAAAGAUACGGACGGUAAGAUGGCUGCUUCAGUCUUUAAAUAAAUGUUGACAAAAUACACACACACACACACACACUAAAACAUGUUUCUCAAUGAAGUCUUUUAAUUAACCUUAUAUUAUUGAAAUGUCUUCAAUAUUUAUUUUUUCUUUUGUAAAAAUCAUUUCAAAAUGUCAACAUUUGUGUGUGUGGUAAAAUCACUUUAAAAUCUCACUUCAAAUGAAUCUCAAUCAAUGUUCCCAUAUUUCACGAACAAUGAAAUGUUAAGUUUGGUGGAUGAAAUGAGUUCGAGGGUUUUCUUUCGUACAGGUGAAGAUACCAAGCGCUCUACUUCUGUUCACGUGAUUGAUAUGUUACGUUACAAAACAGAACCAAUGGGUCAUCCUGCAACCUCGACCUCGCCGAGUCGACUGAUGGGCAUCAUGUGGAUGACCUUGUUCGUUCUGGUAGAAUUUACAGGUAGGUUAGUACUGUUUGAGGCAGGCUGUCACAGCUGUGUCUAAAUUCUGUAGCUCUUACGAAUUGAUCGGUAGAAUUUACAGGUAGGUUAGUACUGUCUGAGGCAGGCUGUCACAGCUGUGUCUAAAUUCUGUAGCACUUAUGAAUUGAUUGGUAGAAUUUACAGGUAGGUUACUGUUGUCUGAGGCAGGCUGUCACAGCUGUGUCUAAUUCUGUAGCACUUACGAAUUGAUUCGUAGAAUUUACAGGUAGGUUAGUGUUGUCUGAGGCAGGCUGUCACAGCUGUGUCUAAAUUCUGUAGCACUUACGACUUGUUUGACCAAGUUUCGCCCCCCCCCCUUUUUUUUUCACAAGUAACUUGUGACUCAAAAAAUAGAUACUAAUAAAAUAAUGUGUGACUUAUAAAAUAAAUGAAAGAUUGAUGCAUUUUUUUUUAUAAAUAUCUAAACCUUUUAAAGUUAAUGAAUCCUCUUGUCUUAUAAUCAAUAUUCUUGGCACCCCCCCCCCGUGGAGUAGCUAGCGGUGGUGCCACCCGCGACAAGAUUUUUUACAAGAUCCUUCAACGAAAAAAAAAAUACAUUUGGUCGAUAAUGCCGCCCCAACUUAUAAAGAAAAAGUUACGCCCCGGGUGGAUAGUCCCCAUGCACCCCUUCUUGUGCUACACCCCCCCCCCCUUUUUAAAUGUCACUUAACCCCCCCCCCCCCCCCCCCCCNGUUGAGGUCUGUGGCACAUUAAGCAUUUGGCAUUUGUGCCAUGCAAAAAUGACUUCAAAAAAAUACAAAUGAAGUUUAAAAUGUUCGGAGUUUGAAUUUUGUAUUUUGCGGUUGUCUAAAAUGCUCUUGUGUGUCUAAAAAAAAAAAAAAAAAAAAGUCAAAAUAAUUUUUGUUGGAAGUAAUCAUAAAUCGAAGCGAUAGAAUGGUCAUUCAUAAAUUACAGAAUGGUCAACAUAGUAGGAUUUAAGCGAUGCAUUUAUUUUGUGAAGAUUCACGUCGCCUUUCAGCAUUUAGACUAUGCACAAUUCUAGAUCAGCAAUAGUUCGCUAGCACUACUUUGUCUGCUCCAUCACUUUGUUUAAUUUCAUUUUAGAAAUAGUUUUGUUACACAUAUGAGAUAAUGUUUUAAAGCAGAAAAAAAAGUUGUGCUUUUAAUUUGUAAAGCAGCAGAAUUUUUUUGAAAAAAACGUGGGUUUUUUGUUUUUUUUUUCGUUCUUUUUUUCCUUAUGUUUUAUUUUAGGCAGGCACUAUAUGUAUUAUAAAUUAUUUAAUAAUAUAAUCCUGUAAGUUAAUCAUAAAUACACGCUAGUUAAUCAUAUUAUCAUGUACGUUAAUAAUAUAAUUUUGUAAGUUAUUCAUUUAUCAUGUAAGUUAAUAAUAUAAUACUGUAAGUUAAUCAUUUAAAUUAAAAAUACAAAUCCUGUAAGUUAUCAUAUAAUCAUGUACGCUAAUCAUAUAAUCAUGUAGGUUAAUCAUAUAAUCAUGUGAGCUAAUAAUAUAAUACUGUAAGUUUAUCAAUAAAUCAUGUAAUUUAAAAAUAUAAUCCUGUAAGUUAAUCAUAAAAUCAUGUAAGUUAAAAAUAUAUUCCUGUUAGUUAAUCAUAUAAUUCUGUAAGUUAAAUCAUAUAAUCCUGUAAGUUAAAUCAUAUAAUCCUGUAAGUAAAUCCUAUAAUCCUGCAAGUUAAUCAUAUGAUCCUUUAAGUUAAUCAUACUUUACAUUUUAUGGGUUGAAACUGUUGUACACGUUACACACGUUGGUUGAAGGUUUAACAUAUUGUUUUGGUGUGGUAGGCAGGCGGCAAUGAGAAACGGUUUUAUGGUAGUAUUGGUAGGCAAGAGGUUACAAAUUAUGCCUUUAAAUAUAUGUUACAGGAAUUCUGGGAAAUAUCAAUAUUGAUUGACUAAGGUCGAUACCACUAUUUUAGUACAGGCAACCGAAGCCAUUUCGUAUCAAUACAUCAAUUUAAUCAAGUGCAUGUGGGGCGCACGUCAGGGAAGGGAGUCCGGCCUGCAUGUACUUGACUCUUUCCCACGUUAUAGUUUACUGACUGGAUGUGUGCCAUGCUGACUUGAUGUGUGCCAUGCUGACUUGAUGUGUGCCAUGCUGACUUGAUGUGUCAUACGGCAAUCAUGUAUGCCAUACUAAAAGAGCCCGUUUCAUUCUGAACUCGUACAUGUUACAAUGACCUCGUGAGUGCAAGACGACCUUAAAUGUGUCCUACUGAUCAGGGGCGUCUACACGCGUGAGAAAAGAAGCAGCGGCUGCGAGAGGAGGGGGGGAUAUAAUCCUUCCAAUCUGAGUUAGGGGUUAUAAUCAUUCAAAUUUGAGUUGGGUGGUAUAAUCCUUCCAAUUUGAAUUUGGGGAUAUAAUCCGUCCAAUUUGAGUUAGGAGAAGGGGUAUAACCCUGUCUCCUGUUGGAUUUAUCCAUGCAAAAGAAAAAAUAAUAAUAAGGAAACGGAACAAAUUUCAUAAUUUUUAAAUUUAAUUAUUUAUUUUUUUUCAUAUAAGGGGAUAUUAUUAGGAGAAAAAAAUAUGGCUUAGGAACUGAAAUGAACUCCUCUUAGAAAUGUACAGGGGGUUGAGGAAAACCUAAAAAGGGGAUAACAUGAAAGUGGAUGUUUCAGCUAAGAAGAUGUUUGGCAGCAACAGCACAGAGACAUACCACUUAGGGUGUUUAUGGCAGAAGCAUAUGGGCAGCAUCAAUACAGAGACAAACAACUUAGGGUGUUGAUGGCAGAAUCAUAUGGGCAGCAUCAAUACAGAGAUUAACAACUUAGGGUGUUGAUGGCAGAAUCAUAUGGGCAGCAUCAAUACAGAGCAGACAACUUAGGAUGUUGAUGGCAGAAUCAUAUGGGCAGCAUCAAUACAGAGACAUACCACUUAGGGUGUUUAUGGCAGAAGCAUAUGGGCAGCAUCAAUACAGAGCAGACAACUUAGGAUGUUGAUGGCAGAAUCAUAUGGGCAGCAUCAAUACAGAGCAGACAACUUAGGAUGUUGAUGGCAGAAUCAUAUGGGCUGCAUCAAUACAGAGCAGACAACUUAGGAUGUUGGUGGCAGAAUCAUAUGGGCAGCAUCAAUACAGAGCAGACAACUUAGGAUGUUGAUGGCAGAAUCAUAUGGGCAGCAUCAAUACAGAGCAGACAACUUAGGGUGUUGAUGGCAGAUUCAUAUUGCCCUCUGGUGUGAAGUAAAACGACAACAGUUUGCAGAUUGACAAACAAACCUUCGGUAGAUGUUAGUUUUAGGGCCUUGCUGGUGAGUCCCAGUAUUUUGUUCAGGCAUCCCUCCGGAGAAAGUCACUUUCCCUCUUCCCCCCCCCCCACCUCUUUUUUGAGAAAAAUGUGUAAAACAAGAAGAUGAAAAUAUAUUUUAUAAAAAAGGUCCAAAUUCUCAUGUAAAUGACACUUUUAACAAGAAAAGUAACAGUUACCUUCAACUGAUUGCAAUUAGUGGAACCUGUUAAAAUAUCGUUGCGCUCGAUAUAUUGGAUGAUCCGUUUAUGUAAGGCGUAUGUUAUUAGAGCCAUACCGUAUUCGAUUAUUAAUAUCGUGCUGUUUUCUAAAACUGACCAAUUCUGAUAAUAAGCCGAAUCUUACUUCCCGUGGUUCGUUUAUUUCGACAUUUUUGUAUUUAUUUUUAUUUUUUGCGACUUCAAAUGAAGACUUUAUUACCACUGUAUUAAACUACCUUAACAUUAAUAAUAAGUUCUGUAAUUGAAAUAUAGUUCUUACAAAGUAUGAAACACAUACAAUCUGUUUUCAAAUUAUACUUCAUCCUAUAAGCAUGACUUUUAAAGUAGGGACAGAUGAUAAUGUGAAAUAUAAUUUGUAUGGUGGCAUUGUGCUUAAAGAGUAUAUCAUUAACAUAAUAUAAAUGUAUGUUGGGCUAAAAAAAAAUUUAAAAAUUAAACUUUGACAAAAAUGCACACUUUAACGGGCGGUUACAAACCAGGCACAUUUCAACAGUUAUUAAUUAAAUCGAACUCGUUUUAUCGUUAAUUGUUCUACCUUUGUAACACAGAUUCCUGAAUGACAGAGUUGGUGGUUUUUUUGUUUUUUUUUUGUUUUUUUUUAAAAAUUACUUAGGCUAUAUUUAUUCAGUUCCCAACUGCAUUUCUUUUUUAAAUAUCAGAAUAGACCAUCUGUCCCACCUAUUGGCACGAAUUGGUUAUAUAUUUAAUUUAUUUACAUUGCAACUUGUAGAAAGCUUUAAAAAAAAGCAAUGUAUCUGUGAAUUACCAUUUCGAUUAUUAGGGUAGUAGGUCAAGCAACAACAAAAUUUUCUAAUGGUCAAUUUAAAAGUAAAAUGUAUGAAUUUGGUAGUAGACAAAAAUAUGUAAAGUACAUUCGAAGAGGCAAUUUGUAAUUUAUCUGAAGAAAGUUUACAGUAAUAUGAAAAAAAAUAAAAUCGAUCAACUGAAUAUUGGGAAAUUAGUAUUUAAUUUUUAAACGAUUUCCCUCAGUUAAAAUCUGACAUGAAUAAAUAUAUGUCUUUUGUAGACACCCCAUGUCUUCUUGACAUAAUUAUGCGGUUCAUAUUCGAUUUAUACAAAUGAAAUAUUUAUUUUUAAAAAUACAUAAAAAAUAUAUAGUCCUUUCUACAAUUUUCUUUCCCUUCACUCUAGUAAAACCUUGAAAUAUUUAGAAAAGGUAAUUAUUAUAAGUAUGUUGUUGGGUUUCUCUAUUAAACCAUUUGCGUUCACCGUGUAAAGUGACGUCACCAGUGCUUUUUGAGACGGAAACCUCUUUGAAAAGGAAUUUUAUUAUUUUUUUAAAUUUAUUUUUUAAUUAAGUAGUUUAGCCCAAAAAAUAUAUUAUUUUUUAAAAUAAUUGCUUUUUAAUGAUCUAUAUAUAUAUAUAUAUAUAUAUAUAUAAUACGCCAGAAAAAACUAGGGCAAGAAGACGAUGACGCAGGGUAUAUAUAGAUACGCCAGAGCAAGCAAGACGCAGGCAAACCCUCCCUUACCUUGCCUGUCCAUCGUUGGUCUCGAGACAUGUGCACUGCGGUGGAGCUAGCGCCCCUCACCCUCCUGCACCACCCUCACUUGCCAGCCAUGCGCACACCCCAACAAGCUCGCGGCGUAUGCUAAGCCGCGGGUCGGCUAUUUGUAUAUAGUUCAUGGGCGUGAAAUAAAAAGUGUGUAAUGACGUAUCAUGAAAAAGUGGGGGGGGGGAGGGGGUGGAAAGGGUGUAGCAAAAUUGGCAUUCUUAAAUGUGCGUAACUUGAGUUCACCUUUUUGUCAAGUAACUUUAGUAGAUGGGAAGUUCACGCAACGUCAUGAUUAUGUCUCUUUUGAUAAUAUUUUUAUGUACAACGUGGUGAGCCAUGCCCUAGGCUGGGAUACCGCGCUAUAAAAGACCACUAAUUUUUAUUAUUAUUAUUAUUAUUAUUAUUAUUAUUAUUAUUAUUGCUGUGGCCAAUGUUUGGCGGGCCAUAUCUAGUAACACUACAUUCGUAUAACACAACCAGGUCAAGCCGAGCCGUCGCUGGGCGUUUUGCGGGCCCCCUUGCAAUUUUUAGGACAGGACGUUGGUGAAUCUAAGCUUGCGGGCAAAUGAUUACGCCCAAAAGCUGGAGGGAAUCCAUUUUACGUACGGCCAUCGGUGCCCAUAAUCCCUCUCCCGGAAGCUUUAAAAAUUCUCCCCCCUCCCCCCUUGUCUGAUAGCCUUGUAGAAACACUGAAUUCGGGAAUUUUAGUUUUCGCGGCUCCUGGAACACAUGUUUACAUAAUUUCAAGUGCAGUUACAGGGCAUUUUACAUUGUGCGUUGUUGAACUCAGAAUUACAUGGUGAUAAGAGCUCAUUCUUACAGACUAGUUCUAAAGCCCGCCAGACAAUGGCGGCCGCCGUGCGUGAACUUCCCGUCUGCUAAGGCUACUCGAACAAAAUUAUGCAUUUAAAUAACGAACUUCAGAAGAAUCCCAAAUGGUGCUACCGCUACCUCCUCCCCCCCCCCCCCACCCCCCCCCCCCGGGCCAACCCCCCGCUGAUAUAUAUUACUAUUCAAAUGUCCAUUCAACAUAUUUAAAUUGGAGGAUUUCACUAAAGCAAAAGAAAAGAUUGCGCACGUGCGGCAUUUUAAAGAAUGGCAUUUAACCAUGUUAUAGAAAAUUUAAUUUUGCGCUCUAUUGACCUCACCAUUAAACACUACACUUUCUUUCACACCAACAAAAGUAUAUGCAAAAAGAUGUGUACUCGAAAAUGCAUUCAUUUUAUUUACAACUGUAUAAACAUUGUCGGAACUAAAACUUUUACCAGCAAUUUAUAACGUCAGGUACCAAUCAGUCGUGUCAUGACAGCGCCAAGUGUCAUUAUGCAUGUGUCAUUAAUCAUGCCACAUUUUUGUGUGUCAAUAAUAAUCUUGUCAUGAUUACGUGUCAUAAUCCCGUGCCAAUAAUCAUACCGGGAUUCCGUUUAAUCACUCAACUCUGUCAGAUUUCAUUUUACUCAAUCACGUGGUUACUUCCAAUCAUAAAUCGUGAAACUGUUCCGUGACAUUAAUCAUGUCAUGAUUGCGGUUUCAUUAAUCAUUCCAUUAAUCCCGGGACAUUGUUCUAAUUAAACACAAAAAAAAUUCCGAGACCUCACAUCCCGGACAACGUCAAUGGACUGACGCCGGCUGCGGUAGGAACCAGUGUGAAAAACAACUACUAACACAACAAUCAGAUUAUUGAUUAUUUCUGUUCAUUGACCUCGACUCGUUGUGCCUGGGUCGGGGUGCCAGAACACCCCAACGGGGCGUGAGGAGGUGGGGGGAGUGGCUGGAUUUAAUACACAAGCUUAAUGGCGUUUGAUGUUUUGUGAUUGGAAUGUUUUUGGUGGCUGGUUGUGACGUCAGGGCAGGUGUGGUGGGGGGGGGGGNUUACAGGGGAGGGUUGAUGUCGUAUAUUACAGGGGAGGGUUGAUAUCGUAUGUUACAGGGGGAGGGUUGAUAUCGUAUGUUACAGGGGAGGGUUGAUAUCGUAUGUUACAGGGGAGGGUUGAUGUCGUAUAUUACAGGGGAGGGUUGAUAUCGUAUGUUACAUGGGGAGGGUUGAUAUCGUAUGUUACAGGGGAGGGUUGAUAUCGUAUGUUACAGGGGAGUUGUUGAUAUCGUAUGUUACAGGGGAGGGUUGAUAUCGUAUGUUACAGGGGAGGGUUAACAUGGUGGGCCAAGGAUAGUUGCCUUGUCUUUAAACAUAAUUAAUUUAUUUUUAGAGUUGCAGUUACCUUGUACCCCUAGUCACUAGUAGUAGGACCUAGUAGAAUGGACCUUGUAGUAGGAUCUUGUAGUAGGAACUUGUAGAACUUUGUAGUAGACCUUGUAGUAGGAUCUUGUAGAGGGAUCUUGUAGAAGGACCUUGUCAAAGGACAUUUUAAUAGGACUUUGUAGCAGGAACUUGUAGUAGGAUCUUGUAAUAGGACCUUGUAGCAGGAACUUGUAGUAGAACCUUGUAGAAAAACCUAGGUAAAUAUUGCUUGCUAAUUACAUCAGAAAUUCUGUGAUGGAUUGGUUGAUGUUUUCGUUGGAAAAGAAUGAUUGCCUAGAAUGAUGGCCUUGAACGAUUGCCUUGACGGGAGAUAAUUUCUUAACCCAUUCCUGUCUCUUUAUUGUUGCAGGUUCGGCCGACGGGACCACAACACAAUCAACAGAUGCCAAGGCAAAGGUAAGAUGCCGGCUCGAAGUGAUUGGUUUAAACCUGUAUGAUGUUUUAUUUAGGGCCUAAUCAAUUGGUCCUCAACCCCCCCCCCCACACACACCCACCGACACCCACGCACACACGUUUUGCGGAGCUGGUGUAAAGGGGGGGGGGGGGGGGCGUACAGCGGGAAGAUAACAGGAGGGGGGGAUAAAAAGAAAAAAUGGGGGGAUUGGUUUAAACCUGUAUGAUGUUUUAUUUAGGGCCCAAUCAAUUGGGCCUCAACCCCCCCCCCCCACACACACCCCCCGACACCCACGCACACACGUUUUGCGGAGCUGGUGUAAAGGGGGGGGGGGGUGAGCGUACAGCGUGAAGAUAACAUGAGAGUGGGAUAAAAAGAAAAUAUGUGGGGGGAAAAAAAUGAAAUUAAGUCUCUUUGAAGGUGAUUUUGUGGCGGAAGAGAACAUAAUGAAUCCGGUAUUAAAACACAUAUGUUAAAUAAAAUUGGAGACUUUGUGCUUGACUGUUAAAGUGAAGUCUGGAUAAAAGAGAUAUGAUGGAGCCUAACUCAGUGUUAGUCAUCAUCCUAUUAUUCCGCAAUGUGAAAUUGAUGUGUGCGGACAAUCCGCGACUCUGGGCAAAUGUCCUGAGCUUCCGAUGACGCCAUUGAUAAAACCGAUUAAUGAAAUGAGGUUGUAAACCUCAGAUCGCGGAUACAGGGAGACACUAGCGGUCAUUUUAUAAUACAGAAUGGCCAUCAGGCAAUCCGACCUGAAGGUAAAAAUAUUGCCGCGUCUAACGAGGUUAAAUACCAAAGAAAGGAAGACAUUAAAAUGCAGUUUUUAAACUGUACUAACGAGGAUCAGACCUGUCGCAUGUGAGGACCUCCCUGUUUUUUUUCAAUUAGCGAUAAUUGAUCACUGCAAGCGUUAAGGUUGUAGGUUUUUCUUUUAUUAAUGUUGGAAUGACUAAAUACCAACUUUGUUGAGUUCGUCUUUUCUAUAAAUUAAGGAAAUGGCUCAUUUGGGUUAAGGGAGAGGGGGGGGGGGACACGAAAGUGCAUCCCAAUGGGAUCAAAUUUCAAUGCAUGAAUUGAGCCAUGCGACAUAGACAUACCCGAAAUGUGCGUUUACCUAUUUUUGCACUGAAUCUCCGUGUGGCGUUAUUUCCAUGUGGUCAUCGUUUUGUCUGAUGAGAGGAACGGUAAGGUGGGUUCUAUUCAAUGGUGCGCAUUUAUAUUUUCACGAUGCCCCCCUCAACACCCUUUGCAACGUGGCUUAUGUCGUAAAAAUGAGUGUCUCGUCGUGGCACGAAAGGGCGGGUCGCUUGUGACGAAACAUUGAUUUUCUUUCCUCUCAUCUCCAGAGCGACGACUCGUCGGGGAUGUUGAAAGGCAUGGCCGCGGGGUUCGGCGGCUUCGUCGCCAUCAUCGUCCUCAUCUGCGUCCUUUGGUGCUGCUGCUGCGGUCAGGAUGACUCGAACGGUCGCUGCUGCUGCAAGGACAAGGACAAGGACAAGUCGAACCAGGGACCGCCCAAACCGCGGUCCGCGGACAGGGCGAAAGUGGCUCCCUCCCCUCCCCAGUCAGCCAACAGCUGGUCCAGGGCCAGGUAGACGCCAGCGGGUGACCCCCCCCCCUCAGCUGUUAUAAGGUCAAGAUGAUACCUUCUUGACUCCAAAGCAGAAAUGCAGUACUUGAACCUCUCGGACCUUAUCGUCAGCAUUCAAAGGACAAUGUUGCUUUGGAUAGCGUCAACUUUUAAGGACUAAAAAUAUUUUGAACAGAAUUUAGAUGACACAUUUCAAAACGGACCACCGAUGAUUGAAAAUUCA